UGACACCCACAUUAAUAAGUUAACAAUAGGAAGUUUCCUGCCAUCAACCCCUUUAGAAAACAAUACGGAGUAUUAAUCCAAAUCCUUCAUCCUUAAUAUAUUUAGAAAAAAAAUCAAUCUUUUUCUUGUCUUCUUUCCCAAAUAGGCCAUAUUAUAUUGUUAACACCCAUUUCAAUCUUUUUAGCAAACAAAAUAAAAGCAACAUCAAUUUUCCAAAUCAAUCGAAAUUAAUAACACCCACUAUUACAGUGGAUCAAAUUAAUUUCAUAAAAUUCAUAAGUUUUCAAUCUUUAAAGUGGUAAAACUAGAAGAAAAUAGAGAAGAAAAUGUAUGUUACAAGAGAAGCAGCAAAAGAAAUGAAUAAGAAUACAGAAUGGGUAGAUUAUCCAGGUUUAUGGAGUAUUUACAUUUUCAUUCUCUUCUUUUCUUGGCUUCUUAUUCUUUCUCUUCUCGGUUGUUCUUCUGGUUUGGCUUGGACCAUUGUUCAUCUUUCUCAUUUCAUCGUCACUUAUCAUUUCUUUCAUUGGAAGAAAGGCACACCAUUCUCUGAAGACCAGGGCAUCUAUAAUGGAUUGACCUGGUGGGAGCAGAUUGAAAAUGGCCAGCAACUUACCCGCAAUAGGAAAUUUUUCACCGUUGUCCCUGUGUUGUUGUACCUAAUUGCAUCUCACACAACAGACUACCAGAAUCCAAUGCUUUUCUUGAACACUCUUGCCGUUUUUGUGCUAGUGGUUGCCAAGUUCCCUCGUAUGCAUAGGGUGCGAAUUUUUGGGAUUAACGGUGAACAAUGAUUAAAAGUUCUCUAAGUAUCAACUUCCAGUCUCAGCUGCUGUAAGCCUGUAACCCUGUAGGAUCCUUGAUUGUUAUGCACAUAUUGAUUGUUUUAUAGUGGAAAGGUGUAUUUUCAACAAAAUUUUGGCGAAGUGUUUAUAUUUACUUUCUUUAGUGGAUGUUCGUAUUAACAUUCUGAUUUUAUUUGCUGAUUACAUGAAAUGAAUUCUUGUGAAA